AGAGAAAGAACUACUGGUUCAUGGAGAAUCACUGUGUGAAUUGAAUCCAUGGCAAUCUGGAAAUGAAACCUUCUCCUUUCCUGAACAUGCGGCUUGCAAACACCUGGUUGUUUCUCACUGCAAUCUUACUCUGUGGCAAACAGCACCUGGGCACCAGGCUGGGGAAUUCCUCCUCUCACGACAGUCAUUUGUGCCCCGACUGCUCUCAUCUGACCCUGAAGGUGGAAUUCUCCUCAACCGUCGUAAAACACGAAUACAUCGUGGCGUUCAAUGGCUACUUCUCAGCCCAAGCAAGAAGCAAAUUCAUUUCGAGAGCACUCAAGAACAGCGACAUAGAAAGCUGGAGGAUUGUGCCCCGCAACAACCCAGCCAGCGAUUACCCCAGUGACUUUGAAGUGAUCCAGAUUGACGAGAAUCAGACGGUUGGAGUGCAGACGCUCGAAGACCAUCCCAACAUCAAACGGGUUACGCCACAGAGGAAAGUCUUUCGCUCGCUAAAGUACACCGAGACAGAUUCCGCCGCUCCCUGUAACGAGACCCGAUGGACGCAGAAGUGGCAGUCAUCCCGCCCCCUCCGAAGGGCGAGCCUGUCUUUGGGCUCCGGCUUUUGGCACGCGACGGGCAGGCACUCCAGCAGGCGCUUGCUGAGAGCCAUCCCUCGGCAGGUGGCACAGACCCUUCAGGCAGACGUGCUCUGGCAAAUGGGCUUUACAGGAGGUGGUGUAAGAGUGGCUGUCUUUGAUACUGGACUCAGCGAGAAACAUCCACACUUCAAAAAUGUAAAAGAGAGGACAAACUGGACAAAUGAGAGAACUCUGGACGAUGGCCUGGGCCAUGGAACCUUUGUCGCAGGCGUGAUAGCUAGCAUGAGGGAGUGCCAAGGAUUUGCUCCAGACUCCGAACUGCAUAUAUUCAGGGUCUUCACUAACAAUCAGGUUUCAUAUACAUCUUGGUUUUUGGAUGCUUUCAACUAUGCUAUCUUAAAGAAGAUCGAAGUGUUGAAUCUUAGCAUUGGAGGCCCAGAUUUUAUGGACCGUCCGUUUGUAGACAAGGUGUGGGAAUUGACAGCCAAUAACGUUAUCAUGAUCUCUGCUAUUGGAAAUGAUGGUCCUUUGUAUGGCACACUCAACAAUCCAGCUGACCAAAUGGAUGUGAUUGGAGUUGGUGGCAUCGACUUUGAAGAUAAUAUCGCUCGGUUCUCCUCCAGAGGGAUGACCACAUGGGAACUUCCUGGAGGUUACGGGAGAGUCAAGCCUGAUAUCGUGACGUACGGCUCUGGAGUGAGAGGAUCUGGCAUGAAAGGGGGUUGCCGCUCGCUCUCCGGCACAAGUGUGGCCUCUCCUGUUGUGGCAGGUGCUGUCACGCUUUUAGUAAGCACAGUUCCGAAGCGUGAAAUGGUGAAUCCAGCUAGUAUGAAGCAGGCUCUGAUUGCCUCGGCACGCCGGCUUCCCGGGGUCAACAUGUUUGAACAAGGGCAUGGCAAACUUGAUCUUCUCAGAGCCUAUCAGAUUCUCAACAGUUACAAGCCGCAGGCCAGCCUGAGUCCAAGUUACAUUGACUUGACGGAAUGCCCUUACAUGUGGCCGUAUUGCUCUCAGCCCAUCUACUACGGAGGCAUGCCCACAAUUGUCAACGUCACCAUCCUGAAUGGAAUGGGAGUCACUGGGAGAAUUUUAGACAAGCCGGAUUGGCAGCCCUAUUUGCCACAAAACGGAGAUUACAUCGAGGUGGCGUUUUCCUACUCUCCUGUCUUAUGGCCUUGGUCAGGGUACCUCGCCAUUUCCAUCUCCGUCGCCAAGAAAGCAGCCGUUUGGGAAGGCGUAGCGCAAGGCCACGUGAUGAUCACCAUUUCUUCCCCAGCAGAGAAUGAGUCAAAAGUUGGUGCUGAGCAAACGUCAACCGUGAAACUCCCCAUCAAAGUGAAAAUUGUCCCAACCCCCCCUCGGAAUAAGCGGAUCCUGUGGGAUCAGUAUCACAAUCUUUGCUAUCCGCCGGGAUAUUUUCCAAGGGAUAAUUUAAGAAUGAAGAACGAUCCAUUAGAUUGGAAUGGUGACCACAUUCAUACCAACUUCAGAGACAUGUACCAGCAUUUGAGAAGCAUGGGUUAUUUCAUUGAAGUUCUUGGCUCACCAUUUACAUGCUUUGAUGCCAGUCAGUAUGGAACAUUGUUGAUGGUGGACAGCGAGGAAGAGUAUUUCCCAGAAGAAAUCGUGAAGCUGAGAAGGGAUGUCGACAACGGACUGUCGCUCGUCGUGUUCAGCGAUUGGUACAACACUUCCGUGAUGAGGAAAGUCAAGUUUUACGAUGAAAAUACACGGCAGUGGUGGAUGCCGGAUACCGGAGGAGCAAAUGUUCCCGCACUCAACGAUCUCCUCUCCGUCUGGGGCAUGGCCUUUAGCGACGGGCUCUACGAAGGAGACUUUACCUUGGAAAGCCAGGAAAUGAAUUAUGCCUCGGGAUGCAGUAUUGCAAAGUUUCCAGAGGAUGGCAUCGUAAUUGCACAGACUUUUAAGGAUCAAGGUCUGGAAGUUUUAAAGCAGGAGACGGCCAUAGUCGAACACGUUCCCAUUCUGGGCCUCUUCCAAGUUCCUACAGAAGGGGGGGGCAGAAUCGUUUUGUACGGGGACUCGAACUGCCUGGACGACAGCCACCGGCAGAAAGAUUGCUUCUGGCUGCUCGACUCCGUCCUGCAAUAUACGUCCUACGGAGUGAUGCCGCCGAGCCUCAGCCACUCGGAACACAGGCAGCGGCCCCCGACCGGGGCGGGUUACGUUCUUCCAGAGAGAAUGGAAGGGAACCACCUUCAUCGCUACUCCAAAGUGCUCGAGGCUCACCUGCGUGAUCCGAAACCUCGCUCACUUCCGGCAUGUCCUCAUUUGUCCUGGGCAAAGCCACAACCUCUGAACGAAACAGCACCCAGCAACCUUUGGAAACAUCAGAAGUUAUUAUCGAUUGAUUUGGAUAAAGUGGCCUUGCCAAGUUUCCAUCAGAACCGGCCCCAAGUAAGACCUUUAUCACCGGGAGAGAGCGGAGCAUGGAAUAUUCCAGGAGGAAUCAUGCCUGGCCGUUACAAUCAGGACGUGGGAGGGACGAUCCCCGUCUUCGCUUUCCUGGGCGCCAUGGUGGUCCUGGCGUUUUUUGUGGUCCAAAUCAAGUCCAAGAGCAGGCCAAAGAGAAGGAAGCUUCGAGUUAAACGGCCACAAAUUAUACAGCAAAGCCACCCUCCAAAGACCCCCUCCGUUUGAUGGCUGCAGCCAAAGAUUUCACUGACCGCUUUGUGGGAAUUGUGAUCGACUGCUAAACCGACCGUUUGACCUGACCUAGCAACCUUCUGCUUUUGUCUUGGGUGCUUGACAAGUGACGGACGACCUUCAGAUUAAAAAAA